CGACAUUCUCAUGACAUCGAAUAUAUUUAGUUAAGACGAACCUUUGAUCUAAUAUAGUGAUGCUAGGUGGGAAGAUCUUUUAUGGCAUUUCUGCCAAACAUGGGAAUAGCAGUAGAAAAAUUCCCCUUUCAAGGUCUCGCGUUUGACAGAUACAUACGUGGUCGUAGUGCGCAUGUGCCGUCGUAGUAUCCAUUUUGUUGCUUUUAUUGUAAACAAUGUCAUGAGAAGCCACGUAGUCCUAUUCUGCUUCUGUUGCAACAGCCGGCAUUAACUUGUGUGGUUUGAUGCAUGUAAGAGGGAAACUGUACAAAUAUCACUUUUUGUAUUAAGCAAGCUUUCCAAGACUUUUGUUCUAUGACACCACUUGUGUCCGUAUAAAGAAGUAUUAAAGGAAUCCUACGUAGAGCAGGACGAUUCAGUUUUCCCGCGAAUUCGUUAUAAGCAUGCCGUAUAGCUCGGACACGAAGCGCGACGUGAAACCGGAAGACCAGGUUCCCGUUCUGCGUCCCGACGAGAGGACUCGAGAGAGACUGAACGAUCUGGCCAGCCAUUUCGCGAGGAAAUACGAUAGCCAGCCGUCGUUCUUCGUCAAAGUCCCGGGAAGAGUUAAUUUAAUUGGCGAGCACAUCGAUUAUUGCGGGUAUGCCGUUUGCCCGAUGGCCAUCGAGCAGGACAUACUCGUUGCUGUGGCUCCCUCGAAAGGCACGGAGAUUCGUCUUACCAACGUGGACGCGAGAUACAAAGAUUUCCGGUGCGACUUGAACGCGGUGAGCGUUUGCAUCGCGGAGGCUAGCACCGGACCACAGUGGUACAAAUAUUUCCUCUGCGGCGUGAAAGGAGCCCUCGAAGUGAUACCGGAGGAGAAGGCACCCUCGGGAAUCCUGGCUGCAGUUUGGGGGAACAUUCCUCCUAAUUCGGGGCUUUCGAGCUCGAGCGCCCUCGUCUCCGCCGCCCUUCUUUCGAUCGUGCACGUCACCCAGCACCGGUUGUCGAAACGCGAGAUGGCCACCAUCGCAGCGAACGCUGAAAGGUACAUCGCGACCCAAGGUGGUGGUAUGGACCAAGCGAUCGCGUUUCUAGCCGAAGCUGGUUCUGCGAUGCUGAUUGAAUUUAACCCGGUGCGUGGUACUAAUGUCACUCUACCCGAAACUACGGUGUUCGUAAUAGCGCACAGCCAGGCUUGUCACAACAAAGCUUCCACGUCAGAUUUCAAUUUAAGGGUGGCGGAGUGUCGACUGGCCGCACAGGUGAUGGCUAAAAAAAGGAACAAGGCCUGGAAGCGUGUACGGCGAUUGAGCGACGUCCAGGAAGCACUCGGAGUCUCGGUGGACGAAAUGAUUCCACUGGUAACGAACGAUCUCCACGAGGAGCCGUACGCGUUGGACGAGAUCAGCGAUAUCUUAGGCACAACGACCCAGAACCUGAAAGAGACGUCGCGUCUAGGGUCAUUUAGCGAUUCACAAACGUUCAAGCUCAAACAACGCGCUUUGCACGUGUUCCAAGAGGCGGGCAGAGUGGUGGCGUUUCGUCGUACCAGCGAGGAGAAGACUGUAACGGAAGAGGAGAAGCUACGGCGGCUGGGCGGGCUGAUGUCGGAGAGCCACGACAGUUUGCGGAAGCUGUACGAGUGCAGUCAUCCCAGGGUGGACGCGCUCGUCGACAAAGCUAUGAUUUGCGGUGCUGUCGGCGCGCGGCUCACGGGAGCUGGAUGGGGCGGUUGCAUAGUGGCCAUCGCGGCGAAAGACAAGGUUUUCCAAUUUGUGGACGCGUUGAAGAAGGAGAUCGCUCUAGAUGGGAUAAAGGAUGGUUUCGAGCUCGACUGUCUGGUCUUCCCCACGGAACCGAACCGAGGUGCAGCGAUCUAUAAGAUCUAGUUUCCACGUUCGUUUCUUUCCCAGUCUUAUGCUUGAAUUAUAUAAACGACGGACCGCCGAUAUUGUAAUACGAAAACAAUUGUAAGAGUAUGAAUA